AUGAUUAAAAUCUGGGACUGGGAACUUGGCGAACUAGAAAGAACUAUUAAAGCUCAUACCAAGUCUGUUUUGGAUAUUGAUUUCGGUGGGCCAUCGAGAGACGAGAUUCUACUAGCAUCCUGUUCAUCAGAUCUUACCAUUAAAAUCUGGGACCCAUCGAAUGAUUAUUCCAAUGUGCGUACCUUGACAGGUCAUGAUCAUACCAUCUCCAGUGUACGAUUCACUCCCUCAGGUACUCAUUUGAUAUCGGCAUCACGAGACAAGACCAUCCGCAUCUGGGAAGUCAAGAGUGGCUAUUCCAUCAAAACUAUCCAUGGUCAUUCGGAGUGGGUUCGAAGCAUAAGCGUGUCAUUAGACGGCAAUUAUAUCCUGUCAGGAGGAAUAGAUCAAUCUGCGAGAAUCUCUAGCUUCAGCACUGGUGAAGGUAAACUACAAUUUAUUGGUCACGACCACGUUAUUGAGCAUGUUGUAUUUGCUCCAAAGUCUGCGUACCCUUACUUAGCAGCUCUCGAAGGGCUGGAACAGCCUGUUACUUCGAUUUAUUCGCCAUCGUUCGAAUACGUCGCGACUGCUUCUCGAGACAAGACCAUCAAGAUAUGGAACUCUCGACAAGAGCUCAUUGCAACUCUAGUGGGUCAUGAGAACUGGGUACGAGCCAUAGAAUUCCAUCCGGGUGGUAAAUACCUGCUUAGUGUGUCAGACGACAAAAGCAUUCGGUGUUGGGAUCUGAGUCAGCAGGGUCGGUGUGUAAAAACAAUUCAAGAGGCCCAUCACCAUUUUGUAAGCUGUAUAAAAUGGGCCCCACCAGCGGCAUCGGUUGACGAGGAUCCUGCGACGUCUACCAACUUAGAUUUAAAGAACAUGAGGGGAUUAAUAGCAACUGGUAGUGUAGAUUUAGAAAUAAAGGUGUGGACGUGA